GGCCCAAUGCCUCCGUCAUAUGAAUAUUUGUGAAAUUAUCUUUGAACAUAAAAGUUCUUAGAUUCCACAAAAAAAAAUUAUUAUUUUUUUUUAAUUUCGGCAUGCUUCAAUUCUAAAUUAGUUGUCAAAUUUUGAAAUUGUGUUUACAGUGUCGCUAUGUCAUCGCGAACCGCUUUCUCUUUAGGAAAGUACUCGAAAUUAUGUUUUCGUGCCACAAAACGUCUAUUUCAUCCUUCAACAUGCAUGUAUCCCAAGCCCCUUCAACAACAGAUACGAAUCCUCCGAAAACCCCAUGAUUCGCAAAAGAAGGAUCAAAAUGGCAUUCAAAUGUCGCCCUGUCUACCCAAGCUUUUUACUUUCCCUGGUGAACUUGUCUGGAAGACAGCGGUACCCGAGGUCCGAACUCCGAACAUACUUGAAGGACAAGAUGCUUAUCUGAAGGAUCUCAAGGUACAACAGCCAACUUGCUCAAAAAAAUGCGGCGGUGGCGAUGAUUUGAAGAAAAAAUGCGAAGCACUAGCUGCUAAAGACAAAUGCGCCAAGCCCAAAAAAAAGAAAAAAAAUGUAGUUUGUGAGAAAGGUGGCAAAUCAGAAUUGGAAAAGAAAUGCUAUGCAUUUGCCAGGUUAAAAAAAUGCAGAAAGUUGAAUACCAAUGACGAAGGUAAAAGCAAGAAAGAAAAGGAUGUCAAAUCAAAGAAAUCCAAAGGAAAGGACGAAAAGUGCAAGGGCAAAAAGGAUAAGGAGACCAUAGAAAAAGAGAUGUGCGCAAAAUUGGCCCAGGAGGCCAAAUGCAAAAAAAUGGCCGAACAGGCCAAAAAGGCUAAAAAGGGCAAGGAUUCAAAGUCGAAGGAAAAAUUAAAGUGAAUUGAAUUGGAAAGUAUAUAUAUACAAGAAAUUGGCGGACAAAUAGAGAAAGAGUGGUAAGAAGUGCUAGGCUGCUGUCUAGUACUUCAGUUUUGCGGCAUUUAUUAGUUUGACAGUCAAAAUAUUGUAAUUUUUUUAAAUAAACUUUAACCUUUUUAAUUUGAAACACAAAUGUUGCUUUCCUUACGUGGACCACAGUACGUAUUAGUUAACAUCCAGUAUGUUUCAUAAUUCUGGAGCUUAAAAUAAAAUACUCAUUCAUACCGAGAUCAAUCAAUCUGGGUCUAUCUUUGUGACCUAAAACUAUCUUUCGAGAGUUUCUAGCAUAAAUUUUAGAAACUAGAAUUAUUAACUUAUUCCAAUUCAGAAAUAUGCAGUGAAAAAUGUAACUAAGAUUAUACAAUUUUUUUUUAAUUUUUUUUUUUUUACGUUUAUACAAUUUAUUAAAAGGUUGCCGCGUCUCUUAGCACUUCUUGUUUUUGUCCUUAUCAGCAAGUUUCUUGCACUUCUUCUUCAUUUCCAUAGCCUUGCAUUUCUUCUUCAGCUGGUCAGCCUUCCCUUUGCCCUUCUUGCCUUUACCUUUGCAUUUGUUUUUCUCAUUCAUCUUUUUGCAUUUUUCUUUCAUGGCCAAUUCCUUGCAUUUUUUCUUUUGCUUAUCUGCCUCCGCUUUUUUGGCCAUUUUCUUACAUUUUUUCUUCAUCUCCAUCUCCUUGCACUUCUUUUUUAGUUUGGCGUCUUUAUCGCCCUUUUUGCAUUUGUCCUUUUUAGCCAUCUUUUUGCAUUUGUCUUUUUCAGCCAUCUUUUUGCAUUUUUUCUUCAUUUCCAUUUCUUUACAUUUCUUUUCCAUAUCCUUUUCACCACCUUUUUUCCCACAUUUGUUUCCCUUUUUCUUUUUUAAACUGGCGCAUUUCUUUUUCAUUUCCAUUUCGGCGCAUUUUUUCUUCAUAUCGUCGCCACCUCCACACUUUCCCUUGCAGGUUAUCUUCUGGACCUCCAGAUCUUUGAUGAACUGUUCCUGUGUUUGGGGAUUUUUCUUUGGGGCAUUUUCGGGUAUGGUUUUUAUGU